GAGGUGGAGUGGAGAGAGGAGUGGGGUACGGGGGGAGGUGGCGAGAGAGGAGGUGACUCGCCCCGACAGGCAUUAUUCAGACAGAGCGAAAGGAUCAUGGCGGAUGGCCCCAGGUGUAAGCGCAGAAAACAGGCGAACCCGAAGAGGAAUAACGUAACAAAUUACAACAAUGUUGUGGAGGGCCAGUCAGACUCUGAUGAUGAGGACAAGCUACACAUAGUGGAGGAAGACCCUGAUGGUGACAGCACGGUGCCAGAAGACGCCUCAGUAGUAUUAACCCAGAACGGUACAGAGACUCACCAAGACACCUGGGAUGAAGUGAAGGAGGACUGUGGCUCUGAAGAAGAGGAUGAGGAGGAAGGGGAAGAGGGGGAGGAGGAGGAGGGGGGUAAGGAUGCCCUGGUAGAGGAGAUGCUACAGUUGGGGGAUACAGCGGUCAUCUACCCCGAAGCUCCAGAGGACGAGCAGAAGAGCAUGCCUGAGAGACGGGUCCCAGACGAGAAUGGCACGCCAGACGCUCUUUUCCAGCUCCUGACCUGCCCAUACUGCUCGCGGGGCUACAAGCGCUGCACUGCCCUGAAGGAGCACAUCAAGCUGCGCCACGAGAAGAGUGAGGACAACUUCAGCUGCUCCCAGUGCAGCUACACCUUCGCCUACCGCACACAGCUGGACCGUCAUAUGACCCAACACAAGACUCAACACAAGGAACCUGUACAGCGCCACAUGCCCCAAACCACGACAACAACAGGGGGGAAUAGGAAGUUCAUGUGUACAGAGUGUUCCAAGGCUUUUAAAUACAAGCACCACCUGAAGGAGCACCUGCGUAUUCACAGCGGAGAGAAGCCAUACGAGUGCCCCAACUGUAAGAAGCGAUUUUCCCACUCCGGGUCCUACAGCUCCCACAUCAGCAGUAAGAAGUGUGUUGGCAUGGUGCCUGUCAACGGUACCCCCCGACCAGUCAUGAAGGCCUCCCAGACCCCCGCCACCCAGAACCAGCUUUCCGGCACUGCCCCCGUAGCCCCUACCCGACUGCUCCUCCGGGGGGAGAAGACAGAUGGCAAGCCCCUUCAGGAGCAGCUCCCCGUCAACCAGAUCAAAUCAGAGCCGGUGGAAUAUGAGUACAAGCCGGUGGCGGUAGGGCCUAACGGGGCAGCAGGGACUAAUGGGGCAGCAGGGACUAACGGGACAGUGUUUACCAGUGGCAUGGCGGUACCCCAGGGCACGGGGCUGCCACAGGGCAUGGUCCAGGCGGUGGUACUGCCCACCGUUGGUUUGAUGUCUCCUAUCAGUAUUAAUCUCAGCGACCUGCAGAACGUACUCAAGGUGGCCAUGGAUGGGAAUGUGUUUCGCCAGGUGCUGGGGACGGCCAACGGGCUGGUGACGUCCAAGCAGGGGGUGGUGGGGCAGGCUGGGCAGCAGGUCAUCUCAGCCAUCAGCCUCCCUGGCUUCGUGGACCAAGACGGAACCACCAAGAUCAUUAUCAACUACACCCUGGAGCCCAGCUUGGCCCAACAGCCCAGCGCACCUCAGCUCCUCAAGAAGGAACCUCUCACUGCCCCCACCACCACAAACAUACAGCCAGCCUCCAAAGUAACAGAGAAACUCACCCAGGACCUCAGCAUCAUCAAGACCGAGCAGCCCGACUCUGAGUCUGAGAAGGAGAUGGAGAAAGAGGAGGCUCAGACCGAGGCAGAGGCAGAGCAGAGUAAGGAGGGUGAAACUCCAAAGGCCCAGACAGGCAAGACAACAUGUCUGCUGUGUGAUGACUGUCCUGGUGGUUUGGAUGCACUACACAUGCUCCAGCACUGUAAACCUACCAAUGGGGAGGGGGGUGACGGCAGCCCCCUGGACCCCUCUAUCGCCGCCCUGCUGGCAGAAGCAGGGAUAACACCAGGCCAGCCCCCUCUGAAGAACCUGCUCUCCCUCCUCAAGGCCUACUUUGCCUUAAACGCAGAGCCCACCGAGGAAGAGCUGGCCAAGAUCUCUGACAACGUCAGCUUGCCCGUGGACAUAGUCAAGAAAUGGUUUGAGAAGAUGCAGUCCGGUCAGAUUACUGUCGAGCCCCCUGGUUCCUCUUCCCCUCUACCUUCAACAGGUCUUGGCACAGAGACUCAGGCGGCCCAAGAGAAGAGCGGAGAGCAGACAGAGGAGCAACUCGCCUCGGCCCAAACCCAGGAGACAUCAUCUUCCCAACCUCCCAACAGUUCCCCUGCCUCGACCUCCGCCUCGCCCUUGGUCUCAGCCUCGGCUCCCUCACCACUAAACCUCUCCUCCAGCGGCCGGGUCAUCGUGAAAACAGAGGAGGACUCAGAGGGCGAGUCUCAAGAUCUUCCCCUGGACCUGUCACUUCCCAAGCAGCCCCAAUCAGAGCCCCAGGUCCCCCAUGUCCCCCAGGAGCAACCCCUCAACCUCACCUGUUUGAAGAAGGAAACGUCCCAUCCCCAACUCCAGGCCCAGCUCCAACCCCAGCUCCCAGGGUUCCAAACCCAGCUCCAGUCCCAGCUCCAACCCCAGCUCCAGGCCCAGAUCCAGGCCCAGCUCCAACCCCAGCUCCAGGCCCAGCUCCAACCCCAGCUCCAGGGCCAGCUCCCAGGGUUCCAAACCCAGCUCCAGGCUCAGGGAACCACCAACACCAUCUACGUCACUUCCCCCCCGCAGAUGGCCACCUCCAGCCCGGUUAACAUCAUGACCACCCAGCUAGUAGCCAUCACCAACCAGGGCAGCGGUGUGCCCUGUCUCAGGGCCAUCUCCACUGGCACCACCAAACGGACUAUCCUCAUCCCCCAGCUUACCUACACAUACACCACUAAAGCAGGCAACAACGCCACUGGGGCCGACGGAGCCCAGAAGACCGUCAUACUCAACGGCUGCCAGGAGGAGGAGAAGGCUGACACCAGUUCAGAGAGCGUGUCGGCGGUAGAGGAGCAGAACGACUCGGACUCAGCCCCUCCACAGAAGAAGAUGCGUCGGCUGGAGAGUGGCAUGUAUGCCUGUGACCUAUGUGACAAGAUCUUCCAGAAGAGCAGCUCCCUGCUCAGGCAUAAAUACGAACACACAGGAAAACGUCCACACGAGUGUGGCAUCUGCAACAAAGCCUUCAAACACAAGCACCACUUGAUAGAGCACACGCGUCUGCACUCCGGAGAGAAGCCCUACCGGUGUGACAAGUGUGGCAAGUGUUUCUCCCACUCGGGCUCCUACUCCCAGCACAUGAACCACCGAUACUCAUACUGCAAGAAGGAGCCCCAAGGAGAUCAUCAGGUGGGGCGUCGGCUCAGGAUGACCCCCGAAAUGAGCCCCCAAGCAGAGGAGCAGCAGUUAGAUAGCCGGCCCACCUCCCCUCCCUCCCAACUGGACUCAGAUGAGAGGGAGAGUGAGGAGGAGCUGGAGGAAGAGGAAGGAGAGGAGGAAGGCAUGGAAGCCAUGAGCAUGGACGACAUACGGGUGGUGCAGGUGGGCGAGGAUGAUGAAGAGAGUGAGAUCUACGAGGUGGAGGACUUUGAAGGGGAGAGGCAAGAGGAGGAGGAAGAAGGGAGCAGAGAGGAGGAGGCACAGCAGGAAGAGGAGGAGGGACAGCAGGAAGAGGAGGAGGCACAGCAGGAAGAGGAGGAGGAGGAGGAGGAGGAGAUGGAGGUACAGGUGAUGGGAGAUGGGGAGGCGGAGGAAGGAGAGGCAGAGAAGGAAACUGUGGUAACAGAGAAGGAGACUGUGGUAACAGAGAAGGAGACUGUGGUAACAGAGAAGGAAACUGUGAUAACAGAGAAGGAAACUGUGGUAACAGAGAAGGAAACUGUGGUAACAGAGAAGGCUAAGGAAACAGAUAACAAAGAACCACAUGUGGACAAAGAGAACAUUACAGAAACAUUAGAAAAUGGACAGAAAGAAACAGAGGAAAACAAGAUGAACAGUGAAUGA